AGUGAGAGGAAUGCUAACAAAACUCAUAGUUCAAAUGAGAAAUAGUUUGGCUUAGUGGGGGUUAUUUGUCUAUUUAAGUGAACUGCUGGGUUUACAAUGUGGCUGCCCUUUCACACAGUGUGUUUAGGAAGUCGGACAGUGAGCAGAAGAAGCGUUGCUGCAGCUCUUUUAAAAUGUUCAAAGCACAGGGAAAACGUGUCUCUUUUCAGUCAUUCAGCUGCAGCACAAACAUGCAAGGCUCUUCAGUUCAGGAACCACGGAGACCCUUCUAAAGUCGUACAGUUAGAGGAUGUAGAUCUGCCCCCUAUAGGUGAAAAGGAUGUUCUGGUUAAAAUAUUGGCAGCUCCAAUCAACCCAGCUGACAUCAACAUGAUUCAAGGUACUUAUGCCAUCCUCCCUGACCUCCCAGCUGUCGGGGGCAACGAAGGCGUGGCCCAGGUGGUAGAAGUGGGCCGCAACGUAACCUCCCUAAAAACAGGAGACUGGGUUAUUCCCAAAGACGCUGGUCUAGGCACGUGGAGGACAGAGGCGGUGCUAGCAGAGGGCGAUGUCAUCUCGCUGCCUAACGAUAUUCCCUUGCUGUCUGCUGCAACUCUGGGAGUGAACCCCUGCACCGCCUUCAGGAUGCUCUCUGACUUUGAAGAGCUCAAGCCAGGUGAUUCUGUGAUCCAGAACGCAGCCAACAGUGGAGUCGGGCAGGCUGUGAUACAGAUUGCUGCUGCGAGGGGAAUCAACACCAUCAACGUCGUCAGAGACAGGCCAGAGUUCACACAGCUCAGUGAUAGGCUGAAGGCCAUCGGAGGCACUCAUGUGAUCAAAGAAGAAGCGAUGAGGCGGCCUGAGAUGAGGGAACUGUUCAAGACCUGCCCAAAGCCUAAACUGGCGCUGAAUGGAGUCGGAGGCCAGAGUGCAACAGAGCUGCUCCGUCAUCUACAGUUUGGAGGAUCUAUGGUGACGUAUGGAGGGAUGGCCAAAAAGCCGGUCACUGUUCCUGUGAGCGCUCUUAUUUUCAAGGAUGUGAAGAUUCGGGGAUUUUGGGUCACACAGUGGAAGGGAGAUCACUCGAGCGAUGGAAGGGCCUUCAGAGCCAUGCUGGAUGAACUGUGCCAGCUCAUCCGGCAGGGGAAGCUGACGGCUCCUGCCUGCACUGAGGUCAGCCUCCAAGACUUCAACAAAGCUCUGGACGCAGCUAUGCAGCCGUUCACCUCGGCUAAACAGGUCUUCAUUAUGUGAACAGACCAACUGACUAAUCACUUCACUCUCAUGACCAGAGUGUAACCCGAAGACUGCUACAUUAUUGUUAAUGUGUGAAUCAAAUACACUGCUCAAGCACAUAGUCAAUAAAUGUGUCCUUACAACAGG